UUCUCGAUUUGUAUCUCAAUGCUAUCACGUCGUUCGCGCGACUCUUACCUAAUAGUUUGUGUGGUGAAAACAUGGCGUUUAAAGGAAAAGUAGUUUUAAUAACUGGUGCGGGUUCAGGCAUCGGCGCUGCAGCAGCCAAGGCAUUCAGUAGACUAUCAGCCGGACUGGCUCUGGUCGAUAAAAACGAAAAUGGCUUGAAGAAAACUUUGGAGCAAUGCGAGAAAGCAGACCAAGACCACCUGAUCAUUGUCGCUGAUCUGAGCAAGUCAAGUGAGGUGUUGAGUGUCGUGCCGCGGACAGUGGCUCACUUCAGGAGGAUCGAUGUGCUCGUCAACUGUGCCGGCAUCAUGUCUGAAGAGAAAAUGACCGAUGAUGAUGUAUCAGCCAACUUCGAUGCAGUCAUCGGCAUCAACUUACGGACCCCGGUCAUCCUCACCAACAAAGCCACUCCUUACUUGAUCGAGACGAGAGGAAGCAUCGUCAACAUAUCCAGCAUCAGGUCAACUAGACCGUGCGACAAGCGAUCCAUGUAUUGCGUGAGUAAAGCCGGGUUGGAGAUGUUCACUAAAUGCGUGGCUUUAGACCUGGCGGACCGCGGGGUGCGUGCCAACUCUAUUCACCCGGGGGUGGUGAGAACCAACAUCCAGUUCAGCUACAACCCGGAGGCUACUCCUGAUGCUCACUACGCGGCGUCCAGCAAGAAGUUUCCCUUCGGAGUGACGGAGCCGGAGGAGGUGGCUCAACUGGUGGUGUUCCUGGCCAGCAGUGAGACCGCGAGGACCAUCACUGGAGCUGCGUACUACAUUGAUGGAGGACAGUCGCUGAUGGAGACGCGCAGUCUGGCUGGAAAGUUCUAGUUGAACUCCAGAUUAUACCUACAGGGUUUUCGGUGUUCGCCGCAUAGACCAAUACAAAAAAUCUUUCUGCUUAGGU